CCAGGCAACAGUCUUCCUCGACAGCGAGUCGAAGUUGUAGCGAAGUUUUGGUUGUUUGCACAGAUCGCACACCAAAAGUCCUACAAGUCGUACUUCCAAAUUUAUAACACUUCGUUUGAACCAACCACAUCCAACUUUAGGAUGCGUCUGCUGAUCCUCAGCCUGCUGGCUGUGGCCGCCCAUGGUCAUAGCAUCAGCUAUCGCAACAAUCUGCAAGCCUUUGCCCCGGCACGUGGUGAGUUCCCAGUUCGGAGUGAACUAGCCCAAGGCUAUCUACGCUAUCUGGACAACACGGGCGCCGAGCGUUUGGUUGGCUUCAACUACCCGGAACCAUUGUACGGCAUUCGCAGCGAGAUCUACACGCCGGAACAGUUACGCGUCGCCAGCAACAAAUUGGAGGCACAACAACAGCACUUGGCUCUCUUCCGCGCCUGGUGCGAACAGCGUUACAAUGCCCUGCGCGUGGAGCUGGAACGUCUGCGUGCCGAAGGCAAACAGCCCUCGGCCAACAUUCUGUCGCAAUUCGAACCGCUGGAGCAACUAAUUAAGACCAACGCCUUUGAGCCUGUGCCUGGCCUGAGUCCCGAAGUGCAGCGUGCACGCGAUGAACAUUUGCGCAUCUGGAAUGAGAGUCGCCUGCAAGUGUUGCAAGCUGAACUCGCUCAAGGCGGACAGCUGCAGUCUAUAGAUCAACGAUUCACACCCGAGGGCGUUCUACUGAAGACCACUCCAGUACAGCCAAUCGCAAAGCAGCCACAGGCAACUCAGGCGGCUAAAUUGUCACCAGAACCAUUGCCAAUCAAGCCAGCCACCAGCAAUCUUGCAGCCCAGCAGCCCUAUGUGCCCCUGGAGUCACCGAAGCCAGUGCAGGAGACCGCCGAAGUGUUGCGUGCUCGUGAGGAGCAUCUCAAGCUCUUCAACGCAGCUCUGCAAGCUCAGCAAGCUCAACCUGCGCAAGCCAUAACAUUGAAGAAAAGCUCCUACAUUCAGCCACAGCCGCAGCAGACACCACAGAUUGCACAGAUCGUUCCUCAGGCUCCACAGAUUUCGCAGACCCCCAAACUCGCUCCUCUACCCGUGCCACAGAUUCCACAACUCGCUCCUCUGCCCGUGCCACAGACACCACAGCAGGCUCCGAUGCCCGUAGAGGAAACGCCCGAGGUUAAGCGCGCUCGUGAGGAGCAUCUGCAACAAGUCAACGAGAUUCGGCGUCAACAGCAGGAGCUCAAAAAGCUACAGCCUCUGGCCCCAUUGUCAACUGCCACAAUAAGUAGCGAGUACAAGAAACCUGAAGCGAUUGCUCCCCUGCCUGCCGUCACCAUCAAGAGCUCCAUUCCCCAAGCACAGCCUGCAGCUGCUCCGAUUCCCACUAAGAAUAUCCAUGAGCAAAAGAUACAGUUGCUGACACAGAUCAAACUUAAAGCAGAGGACAAAGUUGCUGACUAUGAGGACAGAAUACGCUUCGAAGAGCGCGAACGGGAAGCUGAGCUUUUCCGUGAAAAGGAAUUGCGUCGCGAGGAACAGAAGCAGGCCGAGUUGGAAAGGGAACGCGAAGAGUUGCGUCUGAUCGAAGAGCAGCAGCAGCUGGCAGCAGAGCGUCAAGCGCUGCAGAUGCAGGAACAGCAGCGACUCGAGAGUGAACGUCAGCAGGAGGCGAAGCGUCUGCAGGCCGAGCAACAGUUCAUCUUUACCGUUGACUCCACACCCAGCCAGCCAAUCAGCAGCUACAAGGUGAUUGCCCCGACGCCAGUGAAGCCCCAAACUCAGCCUCAACCUCUGGUACAGCCUCAAGCUAUUGCCCAGCAGCAGCAGGUGCAGAACGGUUUCUUUUUGCGCAUUCAGGCUGGCGGCCAGCAGGGUGCUGAAGCUAUUCCCGAGACCAUUGCCCAGAAUCCCUUCCUCAUCCGUUACAUUCAGCAACCCGAGCAGGCACAAGUGAAAGUACUCAGCUCUUCCACCGGCUCAAGCAGUUCCUCAGCCGCAUCCGCAUCGCUUUCAAGUUCCAGCAGUAGCUCCACUUCGAUUACCACCGGACUCAGUGAACUGGAGAAGGCGACGCGAGAGCAUUUUAAAGCCCAUGAGAUUGCCUUGGAGCAGCUGCGUCUGGCUAAUCUGAAGAAUCCUGAAGCGAGUCCGAUUCCCUGCCAACACAAUUAGUGAUUUCUCGAAUACAUAUUGAUAUACAUAUACACUCACACACACAUACAGUUACACAAAGACACACAGACACGGAUGCACAGACUCAACGAUUAGUAUUUGCACAAUUCAUGAAAAUUCGAUUCCAAUUCAUAUGCAUUCAUUACUUUACAAUACAUUCGUAGGCUUAAAUACUCGUACUCAUUCACGUUCACGUUCACACUCAUACUCGUACACCUGUACCGAUUAUUCGAUUCAAUGAAUAUAAGUUUUAAAUGCAUUCAGUUGAGAAACAACGCAAAAAAGAAA